AUGUCCGGCAGCGAUGUCGACCACGUUUCUGGUCUCGUUGACGCCGGCCUUUCCCAAUCUCGGCGCCUCUCCUCCUCCAGCACCGCCGAAUGCUUCUACGACGCUCUUUCCGAUAAUGGCUCCCACAACCCUUCGCUGACUCUCCCAUCGUCGCGACCGAGUUCUUCCCGGUCAGGUACCACAUAUACUACCAAGCAAGGUGCCUCAGGGCCACAAUCCUUCGCGUUACCCGCGACCGUUGUUCCGAACGGCUCUCCCAACCGUCACCAGCGAUCUUCUCCCGACCCUGACGAAUACUAUCGCUCACAUUCACCUACAUUGCCUUUGGAGACCGCCACGAGGAUCCGAGCAGAGAGUGCGUCGUUGCCCGGAGCCUCGAACCCAGCCGCAGACGGCCGGGCCGUAUAUACAACACAACGUGUGCCAUCAGGGCCUGUCCAUCUGCCGGGGUUGUCGAGUGUAGAACGGGGACAGUAUCGUUCAGUUUCCGACACCUCACUGCAAGGCCGGUUUGAUUUCCCAACCGGUCCUGCCUCCGUGCGACCCUUGGCGGUGCGUUCGAAACAGACUUCGUUCAAAGACCUAGUCAACAAAUUCAACAACAACGUCGACCAAGUCCUCCCAUUCCCUUCUGCCUCUGCGUCAGCUUCCAGAGACCAUUCUAGGGCUUCGAGCCCUGCCCCCGGCGAUCAUAUUAUACAAUCUGGAACGGCGUCUCGCAGGCGAGACACUGGUACUUCGAUAGCACAGAAACAAAGAGCCUCCCGGCGGGACUCGGAGGGAGACGCAGGCCAGGUAUUCUCAACACAAAUCAUCUCGCCCUCUUCGAAUACCACGGGCUUGAGCAACAGUUCUUUAAACGACCACCAACCAUCGAAUCUGCUUCCGCGACGGCGCCUAUUCGGGGAGUUGCUAACCGUCGACACAGAUUUCCAGGGUUAUGGGAUACCGUCCCAUUUGCGACGUCGAGGUUCUGACGGAAGUAUCCCUAGCCCGAACCCAGUGCUCUUUGACCAGUUUGACCAGUCGUCCAACCAAACGCCUUUGACUCCAACAGCGUGGUAUUUGGGGCGAACUCCAUUCUUGGAAGCAGUAAGCACUGGGGAAAGCUCGGGCCGCCAUCGACGAACAAGGAGCGAUAUCCCAAGAAACUCGCCUGUGGGUGCGAGCACGCACCCGUCCGACUUUCACAUGGCGGUCUCUGGCCCCUUGCAGCCCGGGUCGCGAACGUACUCGACCAGUCCGCAUUCCAAGUCGCGCAUUCCACUAUACUCCCACCGCCUUAAUUCGCCUUCCGCAUCUAAAGAGUCCUCGCCCUCUCCCGAAGCCCAGUCACCUAUCAAUGGCCGUUCUAAUACGCAAGUUCCCUUUCCUCCCAAAGGCUUGAGUCGCCUACCUAAACCAUCUCCAAAAUCCCCACGCGAUUUAGUGUCUCAAGGCAAAUCAAAGUUCUCUACAACUACUACCACGACUCCAACUCGCGGAAGGCGAGAAAUAGGUUAUGGUCGCUCUCGUGUGAAACUCUCCGAAAAGAGUCCGCAACUGGAAGCCUACAUAGCUGCGCCGCCGCCGAAGAAAUCGCCCCCUUUGCGCAGUUCUCGUCCCCGCCAACCCGUGUCCCAUACUGCGCCCUCCGCAUCCAAAUCUCGGGUAGGAGAGACAGUAUCGAAUCUCCAAAAACAGAUCUACCGGGAACGAGAGCUGCGGAACUCUAGGCCUCGGGAGCGAAGGCUACCAGAACUGGGAAACGUUGAUUUUGCCACUCGACGCCAAAAGAUCCAGCAGGCUUUCAACCGUACAGUCAAAGAGAAUGAAAGGAGAGAAGAGGAAGCAGCUGAGCUUCGUCGUCGAGCUUCAGAGAUUGAGAGUAUCUCAAAACAUAAGGAUAAUCUGUCCUCUGAUACCAAACCGAUUGAAAAUAAGGAAGCGGCAACAGUGCCUGCUGUUCAACCAGACGAUACAGCCACAGUUAUAGAAGACUCUGUGGAACCUUGUGGAGAGGAACCGCCUGAUAUUGGAGAUGUAGAGGCAUUCCCAGAACUUCAUAUCGACACCGAUGCUCCGGAUCAUGGUCCACCUGCACUGAUGAUGGACUCUCCAACGUUAGGGCAAUCAAACCUGCCCCAGAUGGAGGAAGAAGACUCAAAACCCUCUGUUUUGCCUCCACCAUCUUCUGCGACUUCGUGUUCUGAGGACUCCCCCGUGACAAACUUUGAUCCCGAACCGCAAGCUGAGAUAGCUCAACAGGACGUCCAUACGUCCCACAGAACUCUUUUAAAUGAGAUCAUGCGUAUCCGUGAAUCGAGCCCUAGCAGCUCCUCAUGUGAUGAACAGGAGUAUGGAUUUUCCGACAACGACGAUAAAGAAUCUAUCCCAAUCUUACUGAGGGAUAAACUGAGCUUCGAAAAUUUGACGUCCAGGACCGGACCACUCGAGGCGCAGCACAACCAGACUGCUGGUGACAUAUCAAAUAGAUGGAGCAUGAGCUCAUGGUCCUCGUCUCUACGCAACCAACAUUCCACCGACGGCCAAUGUGAUGGAAGCGGGGAUGAAAUCUCUCAAAUGCAGCAGUCCGUAGAGGAUAGUGAGCUGGCGACUCAGUCAUGCUCUGCCUCUUCUAUAACUCAAUCCGACACUGGCCCGCACGUUACAGGCUCUAUUGCGCAUGAUUUCGGACCUGAGAGGAGACAAGAUAAUGCAAGUUCUCGUAAGUCUUUUGGACAUUCCAAAACCCCAAGUCUAGCGAAGCUUGGUGGCUGGGACUCGAGGAAGAUUACCCAGCUUUAUCUCGAAGAGCUUGCUCGUGGCAGAGACCACAGCCUUCCACUUGACGUUCGCGCUUCUCCCGAGCCACGUUUCUCGAUCCAUGAUUUAAGGGCAGACGGGAGGACUGAUAGUUUGACCGAUGAACCCGUAUUAGUAUCUAGCGUUGACGAGAUUUCCGGACCGGAUCGGCUCUCACAUACUGCAAGCCUUGUGCUACGGGAUGAUUGGGAACAUGCAUCCCCAUCAAUUAUGGAUUGGAUGCAGAUUGCGGCCGACGAUGCGCCCGUACCACAGGAUCAAUCAGCUGAUAUAAGUCCCCAGAAUGACAGUGCACAAACACCAACCCUUGUGACUUCAAACCGCCAAGCGUCUUGUAUCGAGGACGGCAAUACUGGUCUCGGCCUGGCCAUUAACAUCCAGUCACCACAGGAGCCAGCGACUCAUGAAUUCAGUAUCUCGCUACCUCGUCAUGACUCUUCGCUGCCUGCAUCAAAAACGCAGGUCGAUGGCAACAUCACCCAACAGUCACUUGAGCGCUCUCGCAGUAUUCGGCUCGGCCAACAGCCCGUAAUUACUCAGGAGACCGCCUGCUUCGUGCCUCUUGAUCCUGUCCACAGCACUGGUAGCAGCCAAGACUCUCUUGCGCGUCACGAUCCCUCACCUUCUCCGCAAGCGAGGGAUUCGUCGGCUACUUCGCUUGUUCCUUCUAGCUCGGAGCAGCUUCGGACAAGCACAUCCUCCCCCUCCCCUGAUCAACGGCGUCUAAAGAAGCGCCGACACGUGAUCAAAGAACUCGUUGACACCGAAUACACAUUUGGGAGAGAUAUGAAAGUUGUGGACGACAUUUAUAAAGGGACUUCAAGUUCCUGCCUGGAUCUGUCCGCCGAGGAUAUAAAAAUCCUCUUUGCCAAUUCUGACCAAAUUGUGCAUUUCUCAAUGACUUUCCAGGAUGCACUGAAGGAGGCGGCCAAAAGCGUGUACGUUAUGCCCAAAUCGCAGCGGUGGAGCAGUAAGCGUAGUGGGCGAAAUUCCCACGUUUCUAAGAAUGAUUCAGAAUCAAUUGAAGGAGCAGGCCCUUCGGAUCUAGAAAAGGACAGAGCAACGUCCAUAGGUCAGGGCUUUCUGAACCAUAUUUCCCAAAUGGAGAAGGUCUAUACCGAGUAUCUGAAGAAUCACGAUGCCGCUAAUAAGAAACUCCAAACGCUUCAGCGAAGUGCAAACGUGACAAUCUGGUUGAACGAGUGCAGGGAGUGGGCGUCGGAUCUCACGAGCGCUUGGGACUUGGAUUCGCUGCUAGUGAAGCCCGUGCAACGGAUUCUGAAGUAUCCUCUUUUGAUUUCCGAACUGCUUGACUCGACACCGCCGGACCAUCCAGACCACGCAUCUCUCGUGAAAGCUUUGGAAGAGGUUACUAACAUUUCUGUUCGCAUCAACGAGUUGAAGAGACGGGCAGAUGUGGUUGGGCAAGUUGUUGGCCGAAAGAGGAAAGAAUCAGACGUGAGAAUGGGAUUUUCUAAAGCCUUCGGCCGUCGAACGGAGAAAUUGAGACAGCAAGUUGGUUUAUCCGACAUGGUUGCUGACAAGGAUUACGAUGCUCUCGCCCAGAGAUUUGGCGAUAACUUCUUUCAACUGCAAGUGGUCAUGCGCGACGCUGAAAUGUAUACUCGUGAGACCCAGGCUUCUUUGGAUCGAUUCUCCGAGUUCGUCACUGCUAUCGAAGCGUUCAUCGAUGUUUCGCAUACCAGCUAUCCUGAGCUCGAGGGCAAGUGGCGCGUUUUUAAAAUAUCUGUUCAAGAUAUCAUGGCAGCGACCUUGCCUGAGCAUCUCGAUGUUGUUAGGAAGAGUGUAAUCGACCCAAUGGUCACUUUGCUCAAACUCCAUGAAGGCCCACAGAGGGUCAUGAAAAAGCGUGACAAGCGUCUCAUGGACUAUGCCCGCUUCAAAAGUAUUAAAGCCCGAGGAGAUAAGCCUGACAAGAAGACUGCCGAACAAGCGGAUCAGUUCGUUGCGCUCAACGAAACGCUCAAAGAUGAGCUCCCGAAGCUCUACUCCUUGACGGCCAGAUUAAUGGAGGCUUGUUUGAAGAACUUCGUCCAAAUCCAAACGACGUGGUACAUUGUCCUGCAGAAAAAGAUUGGGCCUUUGAUUGAUACGUUUCCGGAAGAGGUCCAGAAGAUCGUCGAUGACUGGACCACGCGUUUCGACUUUUCGGAAGCACGGGCACUCUCACUAGGUAUCUGCAAUGGCUCUUUACUUGCCGAUACAGUCAAUCUGGUCAACUUCAAUACUCCUUCCACAGCACCGGGGGUUAGCUCUCCGCGUCGUCCAUCGACCGUACACAGUACUAGUACUCGUGCUAUGGACGAGUCCCCUAAAGUAUCUCAUGACUUCAAUGCUAGCAAUCAGUCCUUCCAGAGCCCUAUUAUGGAUGCUCAAUCUCAGGUGUCUUUUGGCCGCCAUCGUGCUGACUCGGCAUUCUCUACUCGGAUUGCUUCCGAGACCCCAGACCUUUUAAUCACACAAGUCUUGCAGCAGGGCAACAACGCAUCAACAUCGUCUGUUCCAUCCCCACAGUCGCAAACAGAAUCUUUCCCCAGGCUUCCCAGUAUUAGCCUCGACACUCCAUUUCUGGCGGACGUCAUACCACUCGCAAAUAACGACAACGCAGCAGAUGAGAACCGUCCUAGUUCGUCUGCCGGCCGAUAUUCGGGCUUCUUCUCGUCAGCGAUGCCUAUGUCCGACAGUUCACAGGAAAUCGCCGAAUCAGAGGCCAAUGUGGUUAAAGAGCCUACUGUUUUAUUCCUUGCCGCUAGCAUUUACGAAUUUAAUAUAGACCGAGCCCGACGUGAGGCUGGUUACCCUUAUUUGACGUAUGUUGCGGGUGAGAUCUUCGAUGUCAUCGCUGAAAAGGGUGAGCUCUGGCUAGCUCGAAACCAAGACGACGCAACGCAUCAAGUUGGCUGGAUAUGGAACAAGCAUUUCGCCAAACUUUCAACCUGA